UAAAAAAUAGUGUCAAGAGACAGAGAGUGUGUGUGUUUUGGUAACACAAUUUUUGUUAUCUAUUUCCAUAAACCUCAGUUAAUUAACAUUUUCCCUAUGACAUCAAUAGUGAGGAAGACAAGCAUAUCACCAAGAAACUCUUGGAUCAAGCUCGAUAUUAAUGGACAUAGUUCCAUACUUGAUGUAGACAAGUAUGAACUUAUGCGUCAAGUUCGCGUCGACGCUCGUGAUCUUAGAAUUCUUGAUCCUAUCCUGGCUUAUCCUUCUGCCAUUUUAGGAAGAGAAGAGGUUAUUGUUAUUAACUUGGAGCAUAUCAAGGCAAUCAUCACAGCUAAAGAGGUUUUUUUGCUAGACCCAACAGAUGAAGAUGUUGUCCCUGUUGUUAGAGAACUACAAAGGAGAUUGUUUGCCAUUGACACAAAUCAGAGAGAUGAUAAAAAUAGUGGUUCACUUGAAGUUGAAGUAGAUGAAGAUGAUGAUUUACCUUUCGAAUUCCGAGCAUUAGAGAUAUUUCUUGAAGCAAUUUGUAGCUUCCUUGAUGCAAGAGUUGCAGAUCUGGAGAUGGAUACUUAUCCUACAUUAGAUGAACUUACUACCAUGAUCAGUGGUCAAAAUUUGGACAAAAUUCGUAAGUUGAAGAAUAAAAUAACAAGGCUGACUGCUAGAGUUCAAAAGGUAAGAGAAGAGAUUGAACACUUAAUGGAUGAUGAUGAAGACAUGGCUGACUUAUACUUAUCAAGAAAAUUGAUAUCUGCUUUAUCACCUAUAAGUCACUCAGGUGCUUCAUCUCCCACCACAAAAUCCAAAAGUGUGGCAACAUAUCUUAGAGAUGAAAAUGAUGUGGAUGAGAUUGAAAUGCUACUAGAGGCUUAUUACAUGCAAAUUGAUGGAACUUUGGAUAGAUUGUAUACUUUACGAGGAUAUAUUGAUGAUACUGAAGAUUACAUGAAUAUUCAGAUUGACAACAUUCGAAAUCAGUUAAUUCAGUUAGAGUUAUUUCUUAACUCAGCAGAUCUUUCCCUUGCAUUUUAUUCAGUAGUGACUGGAAUACUUGGCAUGAAUAUUCAAUAUUCUUGGCAAGAAGAUCAUGAUUACAUGUUCAAAUGGGUGUGUAUUUUUACAGCAAUUGCUGCCAUUUCUAUAUUUCUCAUCAUAGUUGGCCAUGCUCGCAAAAAGGGUUUGGUUGGAUUCAUGAACAGCUGAAUUUGCAAUUUGGUGGAAAAAGGAUCAAUUGAAGGUUCCAAUUGUAAUUUAUUUUGGUCUUUGUUUGUUGUACUCUAAAUAAAAUUUGUUGUUGAAUCCUUAUAUACCUUGCACAAUUGGUGGAUGUUUUUACAUUGGUGAAAAUUGAAUUUCCUCUUCAAGCAAAAGAAAAAGCUAGCAUUGUUGUACCUUCACGGUUAACU